CCAGAACAUCUUAAAACCAGCUCUAAACUGGCCAUGGAAAAGGGAGAGGAGGCUUCAAAAUCUAGAGCCAAGUUGAGUUCGGGAGAGAAGAAACAAGAGGGCCAAGUCAGUAAGAAAGUCAUGGCAUCAGGGACCAAGGGUCACAAUGUCAGCCUGCAGGCUGAUGUCCAACAUACAUCUACGAGUAUGGCCAAUCAAGCCAAGCAAAAAAAUGGCACGGGGAAAGAAAGCUCCAAGGAUGCCAAGCAGGGUCAUCAACCAAAAAUGAAGGAAAUGAAUUUAAAGAAUGGUAAGCAAGGUAGAAGCCCUGAGAUGAAAAAUAAACUGUCACCAGAAAAUGUGAAGCAUCCUCCCCGUAGAAUCAGCUUUGAAUCUAAGCAGGAAGAGGAAGCACAGAAACCUGAAAAUGCUAUCCACGAUCCCAAAGCUCAUUGCAGCGGAGAAAUGGAUGCGACGGCUAUGGCCGUUGACCUCGUCUAAGUUUCAACCUUGUGUUGAGGGAAGGGAAGUACUCACUAAUCUGUAUAAUGAUUAAAGUCUUCUCUUGGAA